AUGACUACGACUUCAGGAACUGUUACUAUAACCUUUUUAACAGAGACUGUCUCUGAGACUUCGACGGUCUCUUCGACAGUAUCGGAUACCGCGACCUCAACCUUCAUCGCAGCAGAUUACACCACCGAACCCGAUUUCCAGGGCUGGUAUCUACAAGCAACUCGUUCGUUUUCAUCAAAUUAUACUGGGCUAGAGAGCAGUCACUGA